ACUUUAAAUCUUUCGUUUCCAGAACUGAGGCGUGAGGCUCUGAGAGCCCCCAAGUGACUUCGAUUUCUGUCCUCAACAAAAAAACAUCAAAGGAAAUGCAGGACUGCCUGUUCUAGAAAAAAACAUGCAGAAGAAGGAGAAAGAUUCACGCAGUAAAGAUGAGACAGCAGUACCAAAACUUCCAGUCCCACCACUGCAACAGACCUUACAGAUGUACCUACAGUGCAUUAAACACUUGGUGCCAGAGGAGCAAUUUAGAAAGACCAAGAGCAUCGUAGAACAGUUUGGAGUUGCAGGAGGCCUCGGGGAAUCCUUGCAGCUAAUCCUCGAGGAAAGAAGGGAAAAGACGACAAACUGGGUGUUUAACUACUGGCUGGAUGACAUGUACCUCAACAACCGGUUAGCUCUUCCAGUCAACUCCAGCCCAGCAAUUAUCUUUGCUCGUCAGAAUUUCAAGGAUGUAAAUGACCAGCUAAGGUUUGCUGCCAAUCUUAUUUCGGGCGUGCAAGACUAUAAGGCUCUACUAGACAACCAUGCUUUACCUGUUGAUUUUGCUCGUGGACAGCUGUCUGGUCAACCUCUCUGUAUGAAGCAAUACUAUGGACUCUUUUCUUCCUAUCGUCUUCCAGGACAUACCAAAGACACCCUUGUGGCCCAGAAAAGCUGUGUAAUGCCAGAACCAGAGCACAUCAUUGUUGCUUGUAACAAUCAGUUUUUUGUUUUGGAUGUUGUCAUUAAUUUCCGCCGUCUCAGUGAGGGAGAUCUUUUCACUCAGUUACGAAAGAUAGCCAAAAUGGCAGAGAAUGAAGAGGAAAUGCUGCCUCCAAUUGGCUUGCUGACGACUGACGGAAGAACAGAGUGGGCAGAGGCCAGGACGAUCCUUAUGAAAGACUCCACCAAUCGCGACUCUCUUGACAUGAUUGAGCGAUGUAUAUGCCUGGUGUGCCUGGACAGUCCAAGCGGGGUGGAACUCAACGACACAAACAUGGCGUUGCAACUGUUACAUGGAGGAGGCUACCAUGAAAACGGUGCCAAUCGUUGGUAUGACAAACCUAUGCAGUUUGUGGUAGGAAGAGAUGGAGUCUGCGGCACUGUGUGUGAACAUUCCCCUUUUGAUGGCAUCAUACUGGUGCAGUGCACCGAACACCUGCUCAAGCACAUGAAAGAAAGCUCCAAGAAAUUACUCCGAGCCGAUUCAGUAAGCGAGCUUCCUGCUCCACGGAGAUUAAGAUGGAAAUGUUCCCCUGAAAUUCAGGCACACUUGGCAUCAUCAGCAGAAAAACUCCAAAGGAUAGUAGAAAAUCUGGACUUUAUUGCCUACAAGUUUGUGAACUAUGGAAAGGAGUUUAUUAAGAAACAGAAGACCAGCCCAGAUGCCUACAUUCAAGUAGCACUCCAGCUGGCAUUUUACAGGUGCCACAGGAGACUUGUCCCUACCUAUGAAAGUGCUUCCAUACGCCGAUUUGAUGAGGGCAGAGUUGACAAUAUUAGGUCUGCUACAUCGGAAGCAUUUGCAUUUGUGAAAGCAAUGAUUGAUGACAAGCCAGCUCUGUCGGAUUCUGAGAAGAUGCAGAGAUUUAAGGACGCAAUCGCAGCUCAAACUAAUUACACUAUUUUGGCGAUUACUGGAAUGGCAAUAGACAAUCAUCUACUAGGGCUGAGAGAGGUGGCACGAGAACACCUCAAGGAACUGCCGGAGAUCUUUACAGAUGAGACGUAUUUGACAUGCAAUAGAUUCAUCCUCUCAACCAGCCAGGUUCCAACAACUAUGGAAAUGUUCUGCUGCUAUGGGCCCGUGGUGCCUGACGGUUAUGGGGCAUGUUAUAACCCUCAGCCAGAGCAUAUAUUAUUCUGCAUUUCAAGCUUUAAAGACUGUAAAGAAACCUCUUCAGACAUGCUUGCAAAAGCUGUGGAAGAAAGUCUCCUAGAAAUCAGAGAUCUGUGCAACAAAUGCAACUCUGCUACAGCAAAGUCACUCGCUAAAGAAGAAGAAGCCACGCAGUUGCAGAGUGACCGCAAAUUCUGAGAGGCUCUGGGAAUUAUGCUGAAUCCACCUUAAGAAUUAAAAAUGACAUAGCUGUUCAAAGGCAAGAUAGUGCUAGUAAUAUAUUAGUGUAGAAAAAAAUGCCAUUUCUUUUAGAUUGUUGCUAACAUUUAAAACCGCAUAAAUAUGAAAUCUUACAUUUUGUGCUUGAGAAUCAGCCAAAAGGUUUGGUCUCACUGGCUGAAAUGAAGGAGGCAGUAAUGCGUGUAUGUAUUGUGUUAUCAUUUCUAACCAUAAUUGACUUAUCCCACUUUAUCAUCUAAAAAACCUGAAGUUUGUAUAUGGAAUGAAUAAAAUACUGAAGCACACCAAUUAAUUAAUAUCCCCGAAAAGCAGUUCUAAAACAUUUACAUCUAUUCCUGCAAAGUUUACACGUAAAGAGGGGGAAAAAAAUGAAAGAAUUUCCCCCUAGCAGGUAUGUUGAUCUCCAUAAAUAAUAAGCUGAUGUCAUUACAUUUUGAAAUUUUGCAUGGGGAGUAUUUAAUAUCAUACUAUUUCCAACAUUACAAAAGCAGAUCAUUUUUAAUAGUGGCCGUUGUGCGUUUCUAAAUACGGCAACAGACCUUAGUAAAAUUAGACUAGUGUCUGCAUGUUCCCCUAAAUAAAAAAUGCUGCAGAAUAGUUUAUCCUUCAUUCUGGUUUGCAGUGGCCUUACACACAGUGCCAUCCUGAAAGCAGUAUGUUGGAGACAAGAUCCAUCAAAGAGAAUUAGCAGAAUUUUGU